AUGGAGUCUGAAACUUUAAGAGAUGAAGUGGAAGUCAUCGGAAAAUUAACCGAAGAAUUCACAGAGCUACUAAAGAUGAAACAACAGAUGAUAAUCGAAGAUCAAACAGAACAAUAUAAUGAUGAUGAUGAGUUUGAAGAUGGUGACGAUGAAGAAGAAGAAGAAGAAGAGGAGGAGGAGGAGUUUUCUUUUGCGCGUAUGACAGACGCGCCGCCGAUAGCGGCGGAGGAGGUGUUCUACAACGGUCAAAUCCGACCCCUUUUCCCGUUAUUCAAUCAAAACCUUCUUUUGUCCGAGGAUGAUUUGGAAAAAUUGAAGGAGCGGUCACCGGUAAACAAGAUAUUUAUACAAACGGAAGAAAAUUCUCCGGCAACUUCCUCUUCAUCGGAAAAUCAAGAAAUAGCUGGACCGUUUUGUGAAUGGUCAAAAGAUAAUAAGGCAAUUGAAGCUUCUUCUUCUUCUUCUCCUGAGGUAUGCAAAAAGAGUAACUCAACAGGAUUUUCAAAGCUGUGGAGAUUCAAAGACUUUCUUCACCGGAGUAACAGUGAUGGACGAGACGCCUUUGUGUUCUUGAACCCUACCCCAACUACUCCGGCGAAGACAGAAGAAAAAGUCAAAGUCAGCGAGCAAAUGCUAACGCAGAAGAAUAAAAAGAAGAAGAAGGGUACUGUUGUAAAGAAGAGUGAAGGUGUGUUAGCACAUGAAGCAUACAUGAAGAGUAAAGCUAAGGAUGAAGAUCGCCGGCGAUCGUAUCUUCCUUACCGGCCGGAGCUCGUCGGAUUUUUCACUAAUGUGAACGGCGGAUUAACGAGGAACGUACAUCCAUUCUAA